GGGGAAAUGGCGCCUUUGCUAAUUUUAGAUUGUUUUGAAAUUUUGCGCCACAAUUUUCUCGUCGAUCGGGCGAUCGAUCAAUCAGUUGUACUCUCGUCGACUAAAGAGGAUCAUUUAAUUCUGAGGAGAGUUUUCCGUAGCUGAAAUGUCGAGUUUGGAAGGAGCUUUUGCGCCAAUUGCCGUCCAAAGGUAUGCGACUCUCCCUCGGAGAUCGAUGUUUGACUUAGUUUGUAAGUUUCUCUGACACUCGGCAAUUUGACUUCCACUCCCAAUUCCUUUUGGUUAAGAAGUCGAGCUUUUGAACUGUAGAAAGAGAAUAUGGGAAGAUUUCCGCAUAGCUUUAUACUUGGAUAAAGAAAACAAUAGCGAAAACAAUAGAUUGCCUUUAACACCACGGCUUUAUCCAAGAAUCAUGAGUAUGGAGUUUUUCGGAAAUCUCCGACUUUCUUUCACACAAUCCAAAAGGAUCCGUGUCUCACAAGAAUUAAGGAUAACAUGACAUCGAAAGAUUACUGCAGCAGUCAUAGAGAUGAUGAAUUCUUCAGUACCACUGUUGUAUAUCAAGGAUGAGAAGUUUGACUUCGGAACCGCAAGCUUUGAUGGGGUUCAUCUAACGCUUCCGCUUGAAAGGCAGUCUAUGACGGCUCGUGCCUUCUGUUGUAUAGUUGUAGAGUAUUGCAGUAAUAAACCUAGUGUGGUUUAAAAUGCAGAGGGUUAAUGAAAAGCUCAUGUGGAUGUCAAACUUGUGACAAAAGGGAACUUAGAACAGAGUUUGUACACAGGUCAAUUGACAGGCUGGGGACAGGGAAGGAAUUUAAUAGAUUAGGUACACUUAUUAAAUGUGCAUCAAAUUUAUUUUACCUCAAAACUUCACAUCUCGUCCGCUUUGCAUACCUGGUACUAUGGAUAAUACCUACUUGUCUAGUACUUGAAACCUGAAGUCUGCAUGCACUGGUUGUGCAAAUUGAAACAUGCCUCAAGAGCAAAACCCUUUGAGUAUAAUGAUGGUAACUACUCUAUGCAUAAAUAAAUGCCAUCAUGCAUUCACACAUUCACAGUUCAGUUCUUCUAGAUUCACACAUACUACAUUCGCAACCCAUGGUGCCACACACAAUUGGAAUAAUUUAAAUGCUGAGUCAAAUACAAGAAAAAAUAAUUUUCUGCCCUUACUUUUGCACAUAAUUUAUGUGCUUUAUGUUAAGAACAAACUGGGAUAGAUAAUUACUUUAUUUAUUCUGAAUUUCAGGGGAACUGGCAGCUAUUACAGAGGAUAUAUUAAACCACCUGAGAGAUUUAUCAGUACCCAACUGUCAGGGGGACUCAGGGUGCUAUAUCAAAAGCUUGAAGAAAAAAACAAGGCUUGUGUAAGGAAGAAACUCUAUUGCUCAGAGCGGCUACAAUACCAAAAGGUUUAGUAUGAUUCUACAGUGCUGCCAAUUUCACUGCCAUUCUCCUAAGUUCUAUUGAGUUAACAGGGAGACUCAUCAUCGGCUGAUUCAUCUACUGGGUGUAUUUUGGUACAUAUUACUUGUACAACUCUUUACACUUAUUUGAAAGGAGGCAAACAAUAGGAAAAGUAUUUGAAUGUGCAAAUAAGUCAAACCUCUCAAUAGAAGACUAGGAAAAAAUCUUUUCCAUUAUGGGGGGAAAUCAAGUGUGGAAUUUUUCUUGCAUACUGUGCAGACGCCAGACAAGUCAUGUUUCAAUCUAAUCCCAAAGAAUAAGUGGAUGAUAGAUUUUUUUAUUUUUUUAUUUUGAUCAUGAGGACAGUUGAUAUAUUAUUGCACAUCAGCCCAUGACUCUGCAGCCUAGUUUUGAUUUGCUUUAUGUAAAAAUCAACAUGGGAGAACCAGAAUGUGUACACAGACUAGCUGUGUUGACAUUUUUAUUUAAUUUUUUUUCCUUUUUUGCUCCAGUACUAGCAUCACAGACUGGCAAAGAUGGCAAAUUCAAGCCUUGUUAUCCAGGUAACUUCUCUGUUUCAGUUCAGUAGCUGCAUCAAUUACACUGAAGAUUUCCAAUCACUAUAUAAAAGCAUCAGUUUCUGUAAAGCUUGAAUUCAAAAUCUAAAAACAGUGAAUUAAAAAAGGUUUUUAAGUAUGUAUAGCUUGAACUAAAGAAAAUAAUAUGAUACAAAAAUAAAUUGUUAUGGCAAAAUGUAUCAAAUGAAUACAUUUUUUUUUUUUCAAUUUUAAUUGCUAUUGAUUUCUUCUUUAUAAUUUUCUUUCUGAUAGUUCCAUUACUUGCUGGAAAUACAAAUUUAUUCAAGUUAUUGGUGAAGGGGAAUCAUCGCUCUUGAUUUCAGCAGAG